AUGGCGACUACGCCGCCAGCUAAAUCUGUUUUAAAUGCUUUAGCUAAACUCAGAGCUAAACUUUUUAAUAAUGUAUAUAAUCCAACUAAUGUGCGAACGGGCAACAAAGUUCUUCGACAACGACUCAUUGGACCAACGGUUACAAGCUGGUAUCCAAAGCAAUUAAUAAAAGUUCGCGAAAUUACAGACAUGUUUCCUGAAUUUAACCUAGUAAAUCAACAAGAGAAGCAACGUUUAGAGGAUAUUGCGAAACGAAAGAGGCGUGGAAAAGGCGCACCGAAGAAAGGUUCGAUCGAAAAGGAAAACGUGCUACAAUUGGCUCGAAGAAAAAAUAAUAUACCAAUUCUCAAAAGUAUAUUAAGAAUUCAUUUAUAA